AUGAAUUCAUCAAAUUCCUCACCGCGGCCGGGUUCUGGCAAUCAACCUGGUCCAGGACAGGUUUUUGAAGACGCCCCAGAAUGGCUAUUUGAUGAAAACGACUAUGAGGAUGAUAGUGCCUUUCUGCCGCCAUCUGACUUCCUUGAGAUUGAAGAACACGAGGAUGAAGUGCGGGGGAAUAAUGGUCUCUCUGAUGAUUUUGGGGCCCAAGGUGGAGAAGAAGGCGAGCAGAGAUCUCAAGGCCCAGAUCGCAAUCAUAUGCCAUUAUCGGCGGCCGAAUUAUUCCGCUUCAUUGGCUCGGAAGGAUUACGUCGUAUUCUACAUCCUCACAGAAUAUCAGGGGUACAGUUUCACGUUGGAGAUGACGAUAAUAUAUAUGGAUAUGGCUCUGCUGCAUACCCCAGGCGCGGAAGCCGGACAGGCAAACAUCUGCUGCCCAAAGUGCCUAGCGACGCUGGACGGGAAUUAAUGUAUUCGGGGGACUAUGGAAAUAAUUUACAUUAUGUGGAUAAAACAAAACGACGGAAGGAAAAACUAUCCACGAGGCUAAUGUGGAGGGAAUUGGCUUAUAGCCCGCGCCUUCAUCCACGUGCAAUAUCGCAGGACCUCAUCCCUAAUUCGAAAGCUGAUAAAAUUAUUCACUAUAAUUCGAGAUGUUACUCUGGAUCCUUUUCUGAUGAUGGAAAUUUCUUUUUUUCCUGUGCGCAAGACUUUAAGGUACGGAUGUAUGAUACAUCCAACCCUCUUCAGUGGCGGUGGUAUAAAACAGUCGAGUAUCCCUUUGGACAAUGGACUCUUACGGACGCGAGCUUGAGCCCGGACAACAGAUUUUUAGCAUACAGUUCGAUUCGAAGUAUUGUAUGCCUGACGGGAACAGACCCAUCUUCAGAUUCGGAACCUACUCUUCUAGAUUUUGCCAACCGCUCCAGUUCGCAUUUUGGUAGCUCAGGUUUUGGGAUAUGGAGUGUUCGUUUCAGUGGUGAUGGUCGCGAGUUGGUUGCUGGCAAUUCCAGUCAUAGCGUGGUGGUCUAUGAUAUAGAAAGCCGCACACCGACUUUAACACUUGAAAAACAUGACGAUGAUGUCAACGCUGUUUGCUUUGGAGAUAAGUCUUCACCUCAUAUCCUUUAUUCGGGAUCUGAUGAUACGACAAUCAUGGUCUGGGAUCGUCGAUCAAUGGGGGAUGGGAGGGCCGCUGGCUGCUUCCUGGGCCACACUGAAGGGAUUACCUAUGUCGACAGCAAGGGAGACGGGAGAUAUGUAUUGAGCAACGGAAAGGAUCAAAGCAUGAAAUUGUGGGAUUUGCGGAAGAUGAUGACAAGUGCGAACCUGGACACCGUUGACUUGAGUAGUUACUCCACCGGGUUCGAUUACAGGUAUAUGUCUAUUUCGGACUCAGACUAUCGGCCCCAUCCUUACGAUUGUUCUGUUGUUACGUUCCGUGGACACCGCGUUUUAAAGACCCUGAUACGAUGCCACUUCUCUCCCGAUACCAGCACCAACUCUAGAUAUGUAUACACAGGGAGUUCGGAUGGACGGAUAUUCAUUUACAAUCUUGACGCUACGGUGGCAGGCAUUGUCAAUGUUGGAGAAGCUUCGUUUAAUUCUCGUCAGCGCAAUUCAGAUGGCUACCAUCACCGAAUGGGAAGGAGUGAGAUCGAAUGGGGAACAUGCGUGAGAGAUGCUAGUUGGCAUCCAAAUGCGCCCAUAAUAGCUGCAACAUCCUGGAACGGCUGGGGCAUGUCAACCGGCACCUGCAGCGUGCAUACCUGGAACGACAGCGCAGAGCUCGACGAAGGCGAUUCUCCACUCGGCCAGAGCUACAACAGCAAAUUGGAACCUUUGAGACCCAACAACAACAGCUCUGUAGAAGAACAGGGAAGAUUUCCACAAUAUGCCUCGAUUGCUAGAGGGCCCGUGCUUUCGGUAAUUGAUUACGACGAUUACAUCGACAUGAAUACAUUGUAA